AUGCAUUUCGCACGCUUAUUCACUACCCUUAUUGUUAUCCUCUCUUUGUUUGCAUUCGUAGUGUCUGCCGAAGAGGGUUUCACAGACUACAUUGUCGCUAUCACAAAGCCAGUGACCGAUGAAAAGAUUAAGAAGGCCCGGGCUGAUGUCAAAGCAGCCGGCGGUAAAAUCAUUUACGAGAUCAAGACUGGCUCGAGAGGCCUGAUUGUGUCCUUACCCGAUGAGCAUGUCAGUGCUUUGGACAACAAAGACUAUGUUGAAUACAUGGAGAGAGACCAAGAAGAUCUCUUAACUUUCUCCAGUUCAUGCCUAUUAGUGUACCUUUUGAUGGGUGAUAAAAUCUAG